ACGAAUAUCCUGAAGAAAUCAUCCCCUCCAUCUCCUCAUCCACUCCACAUUCGGUCUCCGUGGGGGGUCCUUGUCUUUCGUCUAAGCCGUCUUACUCCACAUCUUGCCAAUCAUCGCAUAAUCCCGAUUAUGUAGACCUCUUUCGAUGCAUAACUUGCCCGACAUUCACAUCAGGCCAUGAUGUCAUUUAAAUUUGUUUUCACUUUAUUUAGCCUAUUUGGACGGGUAAAAUGCAUACGAAUAUGAUAUUAAAGGCGAGUAAGAGCUCAGAUAGAGUUCAACGCCAGGUUCAUUGAGCCAAGAUGUAUCGCUGGCUCGUAGCCCUAACUGCCUGCGCCGCACAGCUGGUGGAGCCGAACCCGAUCCAAACUCGGCAGUCAGACUACUUCUUGCCCAACUCCACCGGCUUUCGAAUGCAGCAUGGCUUCGAGACCAUCCUAGUGCAGCCCUUUGGAUACGAUGGAUUCCGUGUGCGUGCAUGGCCCUUUAGGGCCCCCACUGGCCAGGAGAUCAGCUUCAUCUAUGACCCACCACUGGAAGGCUUUGAGGAUGGACAAGCCCACGGAUUUGAAUUCGACACGGCAUUCAACGGCAAUCACACCGUCGCAAUUCGCAAUGGAAACACUAUUGUACGCACCUCUGGCUGGGGCGGAAACCCCGGCGGGUACCGACUAGCCUUCUUUCGCGUCGAGAAAGACGGUUCCGAGACUCUAUUGACCAACGAGUAUGCACCACUCAAGUCGAUUAACCCACGAUACUACUAUUGGAACGGGCCCGGCAGCGAAUUCUCCGCUGAGUUCUCGUUCAGUGCGACGCCUGACGAGCAGAUCUAUGGUACUGGUACGCAGCAGGACCACCUUGUCAACAAGAAGGGGUCUGUCAUUGACUUGGUCAACUUCAAUACCCAUAUUCCCACGCCCGUGUUCAUGAGCAACAAAGGCUAUGCAUUUGUCUGGAAUAUGCCGGCCCAGGGCCGCAUGGAGUUUGGCCAGCUGCGUACCAAGUUCACCGCUGACUCUACUACCGUCGUUGACUACGUUGUUGUGGCUUCGACACCGGGCGACUAUGACACGCUACAGAAACGUCUCUCUGCGCUAACGGGCAGAGCACCCACUCCUCCGGAGUUCAGCCUGGGUUACAUCCAGUCUAAGCUGCGAUAUGAGAACCAGACAGAGCUGGAGCUCCUAGCACAGAAGUUCAAAGACAACAACGUGCCCGUGGGCAUGUUCGUGAUCGACUACCAGUCGUGGCGAAACCAGGGCGACUGGGGUCUCGACCCAGCCCUGUGGCCGGACGUAGCAUCCAUGGCCAAGAAGGUGAAGGAGCUCACAGGCGCAGAGAUCAUGGCUUCACUGUGGCCCAGUGUAUCUGACCACAGCGACAAUUACCUCGAGCUACAAGCCAACGGCUACCUGUCCGCGACUCGCGACGGCCCCGGAACCACCGACUCGUGGAACGGCUCCUACAUCCGCAACGUGGACUCCACCAACCCCGGUGCCAGAAAAUUCAUCUGGUCAACCCUGAAACGCAACUACUACGACAAAGGCAUCAAGAAUUUCUGGAUCGACCAAGCCGACGGCGGCGCGCUCGGCGAAGCCUACGAAAACAACGGCCAAAGCACCUACCUCCAGUCCGUGCCUUUUGCCAUCCCCAACGUCCUCUACGUAGUCGGCACCCAGCGCAGCGCGGGAAAAUACUACCCCUGGGCCCACCAGCUGGCGAUCGACGAAGGCUUCCGCAACGUCACCGACAGCAGGGAAGGCGAGGCCUGCGAACACAUCUCCCUCAGCCGGUCGGGCUUCAUCGGAUCCCAGCGCUUCUGCAGCAUGAUCUGGUCCGGCGACACUACCUCCGCGUGGGAAACACUAGGUCUCCAGAUCGCCAGUGGCCUCUCCGCCGCAGCAACGGGCUGGAGCUGGUGGACCAUGGACGCGGGCGGCUUCCAGCCCGACCCGACGGUACCCUGGAGCGCUAACGUCGACACACCUGAGUAUCGGGAGUUAUACGUGCGCUGGCUCCAAUGGGCAACGUUCGUUCCCUUCAUGCGCACGCACGGUCAACGUGCCUGCUACACCCAGGAUGCCUAUACGUGUAACAACGAGCCGUGGUCGUAUGGCGAGGAAAAUACCCCCAUUAUUCUCUCGUAUAUUCAUCUCCGGUACCAGUUGAUAAAGUAUCUGCAGGCUAUCUUUGACCAGUUCCAUAAGACCGGUCGGAUGAUUAUGCGGCCGCUGUAUGUGGAUUUCGAGCGCACCGAUCCGAAUAUCGCGCGGUGGACGCAGGCGAACACGAAUGUGACGACGCAGCAGUAUAUGUUCGGUCCGAGAUUGCUUGUGUCGCCUGUUACUACACCCAAUGUUACUGAGUGGUCGGUGUAUCUGCCGCACACUGGUCAGAAUGGUGCCGAGCCUUGGACGUAUUGGUGGACUAAUCAGACGUAUGCGGGGGGACAGACUGCCACUGUGCCGGCGCCUAGGGAGCAUAUUCCGGUUUUCCAUCUUGGGAAGAGAGAGGAGAUCCUUAGUGGUAGGGUGUUUUAAGGGAGGGAGGAGGGGAGGGGGGUUGGGUUCUAUGUCCCUAUGGCUAGAACUGGUGUCGGGGAAAGUGCACAUUUGAAGAAAGAUAUAAAUUGUAAUGCUGCUCACAUUAUCAAUUUUGAUUGAACCUCCAGAUAAA